AUGGGAAUUAUAAACUUGUUGCAUAUAACAUCUUUAUCAAUUUUUUUAUUAACCCUUUUAGGUAUAUGGGUUUACAAAACAGUAAUAAUAAAUAAAGAAAAGAAAAAGAAAAAAAAUCAAGAAGAAAAAGAAGAAAAAAAAAAAAAGGAAAAGGAAAAGAAGGAACAUUCCAACAUUUUUUUUAAUAACAAGGAAGGAGAAAUAUAUUGUGAUGACGAAAAGUGUUAUCUAAUAAAUAAGGAAAAUAAAAAUAAUUUAUUAAAAAAAAGAGAUAAUAAAGAAAUAAAAGAAAAUAUAAAUGUUGUGGACACAAUGAGUAGUAGUGAUAUGAAUAAUACAAUUAAAAAUGUAAUAAAUGAUGAUCAUAUAAAUAAUCAUUAUAAAACAAUGCAAGAAAAUAAAUCAGUAAAUAAUUUCGAAGGAGAACUUAAAAAUAAUAAUAAAAAUGAUCAUCUUCACACAUUAAAGGAUAAUCAAAAUGAUAAUAAUAAUUUUAUUUGUUACAAUAAUAAAUUUAAUUCAGUGUGUGAAAUAAAAACAGAGAAUAGUCUCCUUGAAAAUAAUUCGAAUGAAAAUAAAUCAGAAACGGAUAACGAAAAUUCAGAUAAAAAAAUUAAUAACAAAAUGAAUGACAGUACGAUAGAGAGUAUUUUUGAUAUAAAAGGAGAAGAUGUUAAAUAUAAAGACGAUCUUGAUAAUAAAGAUAAUGUGAUUAAUGAUAUAAAAAGAGAAGAUGUUAAAUAUAAAGACGAUCUUGAUAAUAAAGAUAAUGUGAUGAAUGAUAUAAAGGGAGAAGAUGUUAAAUAUAAAGACCAUCUUGAUAAUAAAGAUAAUGUAAAUUAUGAGGAAAAAAGUAAUCAUUUAAGUGAAUGCGUAAAUAAAACACAAAACGUAUAUCCUGUUGAAGAACAUACAAGUAAUGAAGUAGAAAAAAAUAAAAAAGAUAUUGAUUGCACAAAUAAAACGAAAUACCCUAGUAACAGAAAUUAUUAUAGUGACAAUUAUAUUAAUUACGAUACUGAUGAAAAUUCGAAUAUAAGCUCAUCCAAAGAAAAUGAUAUUUCAGAUGAGUAUAGUUCAUAUAAUAAUGAUUCCUUAUAUAAUUCGGAUAAUAGUGAAGUAGAAAAAAUGUCUUCUUCUAUGGACGAGGAUGAAUUAGAUGAAUAUGAUGAUGAUGGUGAGGACGAAGAAGAAGAAGAAAAUAGUGAUGAAGAUAAAUACAACGAUACAUAUUAUAAUAAUAAUAAUAAUAAUAAUAAUAACAGUGAUAAGUUUGGUGAUGGAGAUAAUAAAAGACAUAUUCAAGAUGAUAUCUUAAAUAAAAGUGUUGAAGAAAUAAAAGAUAUAGGUAAUAAUUAUUUCAAAAAUAAUGAUUAUUUAAAUGCUAUUUAUUAUUAUAAUAAAGCAUUAAAAAAAUGUAAAGACAAAAAUAUAAAAAGUAUAUUAUAUUCCAAUAGAGCUGCAUGUAAUAUUUUUUUAAAAAAAUGGAAUACUGUUAUCGAAGAUUGUAAUAAAUCUAUACAUCUAAAUGAUAACUUUGCAAAGUCUUAUAUAAGAAGAAGUAACGCAUAUGAACAGUUACAAAAAUAUAAUGACGCUUCAAAUGAUUUAAAUAAAGCAUUAACAAUCGAUCCGAAUUUAUUAAAAAAUUAUCAAGUCAAACAAAGAAAACUUAAAGAAUUAGCUGAACAACAGUUAAAUAAAGAAAAAGAAGAAAUGGUAGGAAAAUUAAAAGAUUUUGGAAACUUAUUAUUAGGAAAAGUAGGAUUAUCCCUAGAUAAUUUUGAAGUACAAAAAAAUCCAAACAACGAUGGAUCCUUUAAUAUACAGUUCAAGCAAAAUAAAUAA